AAAAGCCCAAAGACUUUUGCCACCUCCUCUCCCGCAGCUGCGAGCGCGUCACCACCCCGUGUGCUCCUCGCGUCGCCUUCCCCGGCCCGGAACUGUGCUCGCCCGGAACCGACGAGCCGAGAACGCUGCGAGCCCGGAGCCCCGUGAGAACGGACUCCCGCGAGGCCGGGCCCGUGGCGGCGGGGCCCGAGGAAGCACCGGCAGCGGCACCAGGACCAGCAGCAGCGGCGUGGCCCCGGCGCCCCCCCGGCCAUGUACCGGCAGAGCUUCCGCCCCCCCACACCCCCGUACCCGGGCGGCGGCGGGCUGCGGAGCCCCCCGCCCGGCGGCGGCCCCAUGGCACCCUCCCCGCGGGGCUACGGCAGCCCCCAGCACACGCCGCCCUACGGCCCCCGGGCCGGGCCCUACGGCGGCGGCCGCUCGCCCCGCGGCUUCGGCUUCCACGGCGGAGGCCGCUUCGGGAGCCCGUCGCCGGGGGGUCAGACCCCGCGCAGGCCGCAGAGCGCCAGCCCCCGCUACCCGGCUCCCUACGGCGGCAAGUCCCCGGCUGGAGUUCCCCCACAGCCGCAGCAGCACAAGCGCUCGCCCGGGGGCUUCCAGAGGCGCUACCAGGGAUCACCCAGGACAUCUACUCCAUUUGGUACAGCGCUUGGCAGAGAGAAAACAGUGUCUAAUGAUGUGGAAAACUAUUACAGACCUUCAAUGCUUGAGGACCCAUGGGCUGGCCUAGAGCCAGUUUCUGUUACAGACAUAAAUCAACAAUACAGCAGUGAGCAAACAACAUAUGCUGGUAAAAAAGGGAGGUAUUUCAGUUAACACUUUUAAAGGCCAAAUAACUCCAUCUUGUCAGGAAAACUUUGGGACAAAAUCUUUACACUUACACAAGAUGAACAAUAAUAAAGACCUUAGUUAAUGUUUUUAUUUGAUCAGCUGUCCACCCUUUUAUCCAUUUUUUUUAUUGCAUUGGAAAUUUUUAUGUGUGGGGAGGGGAAAGGAGUGGUAGGAUAACUUACAUUUCUGGCUGCGUGGAAGUGCCUACCAGCUUUGAAGAACAAAGUGUUCUUUAAUCACCAGCGACUGAUCUUCUGACUGUUAAAACAGGUUUCCAUAUAUUUACCUCUUCCAUGCCAGAUUGUAAGCCUUUUAUUGUAAACUCCUUUAAGAAAUGGUAUUUUUUUAUGUUUCAACGUUUUUAGAAUGAAGUAACUUGGAAAUAAAAUAAAGUUUUGUAAAUCCUUGUUUUGUAAUGUAUAAAGAUUAUUUUAGGACUUUUGUUAAGGUGUACUCAUUAACAGAACUAGUACUAGUUAAAUUAGGUGACUUCUGUAAAUGUGCUUGUAUGCUGUAGUUAACAUCUGAUUUUGUGCAUAGCAUUUUUUUGUGAAUUGUAGUGUAACAUGAAACUGAAAUACGACUUUUAGCAACCUCAGGAAACAAGUGUAUUGUCUUUGGAAAGUUUAAUUUGUUGAACCAGAUCUUAAGUCAUAAACAUAAUUCUGUAAUCAUUUACUUUUGUAUUUAAAAAAAAAAAAUCAUAUUUGGAACAAGAAUAGAUGUUUCUGGAUUAUAGUAAACAAGUCUGUUCAGUGGCAAUUUUAGUCUAAGCAACACAAAACAUCAGAAUUAAAUAAAUGCAAAUGUACUUUCUGGAUCUACGUUUUAGAAUAGCAUAGAACGAUUGAAACUUUGUUGUACGGUUGACAUAAGUAUAUGAAUAGCACCUCCUUUUUGAUCUGCUCUGGAUUUUUCAAUUUUGUCUUUUAAUUUUUACCUACAGCUGGCAUCUUUGCUUAGAGAAGUCGUUUUCUGUGUGUGCAUGCUAUAGUUUUAUGCUAAAGAGGAAAACAAGUUGUUUUUUUUUUUUUUUUUCUUAGGACUAGUCUAGUUGUGGAAGAUCCAUUCUUAAGUCUGCUAAUGAAUAUUGUAAUUUAGAACUAAUUAGAAAUAGUUCCAGCUCUAGGAAUGCUCUACAUGACAUGUUAAGCCUGCAGUGGAUAUCUAAAGUGUUGUUGAACAUACUGUUAUUUGUUUGUUGAUCUUUGCUUUUUAGCAGGAGGUAGAAGGCUAAAACUUUUUUUUUUUUUUUUUUUUUAAUAAAAAGUAUUAGUUCAGUUUUCAAAACCUACAUACUUUCUUUUAAGCUCAUUGUACACUUCACAGGAAACACUUUUGUAGUCCUGAAGCACGGCUAUGUAGAAGAGCACAAGGGAUCACAUCAUGCUGUUCUUAGUAACUUGUCUUUUGCUGAGGUAUGAUAGCCCUAUCGUACUACUUGGACUGUUUCAUCAUAAAAUGUCUUGGCUGAAUACCACCUUCAGGAACAACAUCAAACUGGAAGGGGAGGGUAAUUACUGAUAUGUGCUAGCUGAGUCUCUUAAACUUUUAUUACCAUAACCUAAAUUUUGUCACUCUCUUGUCUUCCUUCAGCUGAUCUUACUGUUCAAGUACUAUAUUCCAAAAGGUUGCUCAGAGAACUGAGACCAUAAUGCCUGCUUGGUAUCAAGAAUACUUAAAUCUUCAUCCCAGAAUCAAAACUGUCCCUGAAAUGACAGCUAUCAGUAUUGUUACCUGUAAUGCACACCAGCAAAACUGAAAUUACUUGACAAGUUGCAGAUAGUCUUUAGAAUUUAAAUAUCAAGUAAUUGUGUCACUUUGAAUAGUAAAGUAUAUUUUUUUUUUCCUUUUUUUUUUUUUUUUUUAAACAUUGAGAGGUAAAGUUCAUAAAGUUACAGGGUGCUUAACUGAAUCACCUUUUUUGCUACUUUUGUCUUUGUAACUCAAUGCAGUUUACUUUUCGCAAUCUGUUUGGUAAUCUUGAGGAAAUAGAUCUGAUAGUACCUGAUGUUUUUUUAAGAGACUAAAGCUCUGCCGCGUUCCCAGUUAGAUGUAAGAAGAAACUGGGUUUGGAAAGGAGAAAGGAAAGGAAAAGGAUUCAUGACAGAAGAGAGACUCUUAGAGGUGGGACUGCUUUUACAGUAGCCAAUAUCAGCUGCCCUUGCACGUUUCAAAGAUGCAUUUUUCCACUUUGGUUUUCCAAGGGAUCAAAGCCAGUCAACUCUGGUAAUAACUGUUAACUCCUGGAACCAGGUGUCAGACAUCAACGAAGGUAAAUGUUCCAGAAAGAGAUUUGAGGAAAUAAUCUCAGAGCAUUGUAUUAAUCAAUACAGGCCUUCCACAAUUUCAUCUGUUAAGCUGCUGCUCCUUGUACUUCAGGAUAUGACCCAGCAAUUAUAAGUACAUCAUACUACUAAAGACUCCAAUAAUUUGGUCAAGAAUCUGCAUGGAAUUGAAAUGUAGAUGUAAUAAGCUUACUAAACUCAUCACAUUGUACCAAAAGCUUAAAAACGAUUUACCUUUCUGGCUUCUAAGAGAAAAUCUACAAUUACAGUAAAAUUUCAAAAUGUCAUUGUUGAAUAGCUGUAAAAUGCAUGAACACAUGUUCAGAACUAUAAAUACAAUGUACUU